AUGUUCAGUCAACCAAACCACCCCGCUUUGCUCAUCCCAGGGCCAAUUGAGUUCGAUGAUGCUGUUCUUCAGUCCAUGAGUCACUACAGUGAGAGCCAUGUCGGUGCUCCAUUUGUAGCAACGUUCGGCGAGACUCUGGCUAUGCUUCGAAAGUUAUUCCAAACAACCGAUCCAUCAUCACAACCUUUUGUCAUCUCUGGUUCCGGUACUCUUGGUUGGGAUCUCGUUGCAGCCAAUUUGGCAGAGUCUGGUGAUGAUGUUCUGGUACUUCAUACUGGCUACUUCGCAGACUCGUUCGCAGAUUGCUUUGAGACUUACGGUGCCAAGCCGACUCAACUGAAAGCUCCAAUCGGCUCAAGACCUCAACUACCUGAGAUUGAGAAGGCAUUGAAGGAAAAGAAGUACAAGCUGUUGACGGUCACCCACGUCGAUACUUCCACUGGAGUUCUGAGCGAGCUCAAGGCAUUGUCAGAAUUGGUACACCGGGUUUCUCCUGAAACUCUAAUCAUUGUCGAUGGCGUGUGCAGUGUUGGUUGUGAGGAGAUUGAUUUUGACAAAUGGCAACUUGAUGGUGUCAUCACGGCAAGCCAAAAAGCAAUUGGGUGUCCCGCGGGUCUAUCCAUUUCCAUGUUCAGCGGCCGAGCAGUCAAGUCGUUCCAGAGCAGAAAGACGCCUCCAGGGUCAUACUUUGCGUCUUUCAAAAACUGGAUGCCAAUCAUGCAAAACUACGAGGCUAAGAAAGCCUCUUAUUUCGCCACUCCUUCACCACAGCUGAUCCAUGCCCUACACACUUCGUUGACGCAAAUCUUGUCUAAGCCGUUGUCUGAGCGCUUCGCGGCUCACCACGCAACAUCUCAGAAGAUCAAGAAGGCGGUAGCUGAUCUCGGAUUGAAGCAGUUGGCCUCGGAUCCCGCAGACCAGGCGAAUGGAAUGACUGCAAUCUAUCUUCCAGAAAAUGUCAAGGCGCCUGAGUUACUGCCCAAUCUUCUGAAGAAGGGUGUAAUAUUCGCUGGCGGGCUUCACAAGGAGAUUGCUACUAAGUAUAUUAGAUUUGGGCAUAUGGGUGUCAGCGUUACUGACACCAAGCGUGAUGACAUUGACCGUGCAAUCCAAGCAUUGCAGACCGGACUGUCCGAUGCGGGUUACCAAAAGGCAUAG